CUCAGGAGUAGAGACAAGCAUCGCCGGCCGCCGCUCCUUUCAAAUCAUAUUCAUUCUAUCUCUAUCGUGUGCUUUUUAUCAUCGUGGUUUGUAGUCGUGUGCGUUUUAUUUUCGUAGUUUGUGUAAUUGGUUUGAUUCGUUGAAUUUUCGGGGUGGUUUUGAGUUGUUCGUUUCUUUCGAUCUGGAUUUUUUUUUUGGGGGGUGCGGAUUUGCAAGAUCAGCUUCUUGUUUGGAUCUCGAGCACACGCACACGGUCCAGGCAAUCGGCAUAUGGUCUGCCAUCUUGCGAGAUUGAAAUCGAGCCAGCUUAAACUCACCUGGAUCUGACCCUCGGUGAUUUUCUGGGCCCUUUCGGCUGGCACAUGCCCCUCGUCUUCAAAAUAUUCGAGAUUUGUCUUUUUGUUCUUGGUUAUAGAUCUCGAAGCAAAGCAAACGCACUCUGUCCCAAGACUUGUCAGUGUUUUGUGGCAAUUUCUUCGUUUGCGAGAAGGAUGUUCCGAGAAUCUCGUACGCCGGUGAGGUUUCCCGUGAUCUGGCCGAGGUUUUCUGGAUACAUUCAACGCGGAAAGCUGCUUUUAAUUUUGUUCCAAUUUGCUGUCUUUGUUGUAGGUCUGCACCAAAUUCGAUCUGAAUGUCCUUGUGAAGCGUGAAAUCAAAUUUGGAAUAACAUAGUACGGAGUAGUGCAGAACCGAAAUCCGCAUGAAAGUACUCUGUAUCUGUUAUCUGAUAAACUGAGAAUUUCGAAUAAACCGGAACAUAAGCAUUAUUAUUAUAUGAAAAACGGAGCAUUGAAAAUUUCGUUAUGAAAAACGGAGCAUUGAAAAUUUCGAUGUUAUGCUCGUCUGGUAGACGAGAAGCUUAUUUUUCGAAGAUAUAUCUUCCAAAUCCCAAUUAUGUUUGCGCCUAAUUCAGACGCUCCCACUCCUUGAGGGCUUGCCGGCUCGUUUACCUACAUUUUUUGAUUUACCGAAUUUUAUUAAGGUAACAAACUUUUGCCAACUGCCAGUGUCAGUUUGUCACUAUCAACAUUUGGUAUUUCAGGAAGUUUACUUGUGUACCUAUACAAAAAUUUAGAAAGAUUGCAAACUAAACAUCUAACAUUGACAAAAAAUUAUUAACGAGUCUACCCAGAUUUUGCACUGUCAAAUUUUAAGAAGAUUAAUUUAUCAACAAACUGAACUAGGGCUUAAGUCAUGGAUAAAUUCACUCGCACUCACGGGCCAACAUUACGCUCAACUGGCUUGUGGGCCUAAAUUAUGGCUGCUGGAAUUGCUCGAACUGAUGGGCCAAAAUGAAGAACAUUUAAAUUUAGAAAGAUUUUGAAGUUUUUUCAUCGAAGUUAAUGUUUCAGUCUUUGCUUUUAGAUUAUUAAUAAUACGUAUAUAAAAAUUUUAUUUACAAAUUACUUCUUGUUUACAAAUAUGCCGAGCUCCGAAUAGCUAGAGACGAUCCCUCAAAAAGAAAAAAAAAUUAUAGCCAGAGACGAACAUACAAGCUGGACGCAUUUCUUCACCACGGAGUUGAUUUGAUCGAUCCACAGCAUUUUCAGCGGAAUAUCGCAUGAAAAUGGCGUUUUUUUGGCAACACAAUCUUGAAAUGCUCGAAGCCACUAUGUCCUCCACCAAUCGCUCGGCACCACCCAAUGGCGGGCAGCCACCACGCAUGCACCCACCUCCUCACCUUUGCAAUGCCCAUAAGAGGAGGCCAGCCUUCACGCCUUCCUCCGCCAUCCCACCACCACCACCACCGCGGCCUCCGACGCCUCCCUCCCACACGCUCCCCUGUGGCCGUACGUGCAGCCGGCUGCACCACCAGCUAGCGGCGGCGGGCGCCGGCCGGCGGCGAGGGGAUGGCGUGCGACCAGCAGGCGGAGCUCCGGCGGGUGUUCGAGCUGUUCGACCGUGACGGCGACGGCCGGAUCACCCGGGAGGAGCUGACGGAGUCGCUGGAGAGGCUCGGGAUGCCCGUGCACAGGGAGGAGCUCGCCGCCACCAUCGCCCGCAUCGACGCCAACGGCGACGGGUGCGUCGACAUGGACGAGUUCACCCAGCUGUACGAGACCGUCAUGCGCGUCGACGGCGGCGGCGGCGGCGGCGGCGGCGCCUGCGACGUGGAUGAGGCGAGCAUGCGCGAGGCGUUCGACGUGUUCGACCGGAACGGCGACGGGUUCAUCACCGUGGACGAGCUGGGCGCCGUGCUGGCGUCGCUGGGGAUCAAGCAGGGCCGGACGGCGGAGGACUGCGGCCGCAUGAUCGGCCAGGUCGACAGGGACGGCGACGGCCGCGUCGACUUCCUCGAGUUCAAGCAGAUGAUGCGCGGCGGCGCGUUCGCCACGCUCCGGUGAUCGGCGGCGUCAUCCACGCGAGCGUCGUUGUAUCGUCUAUAUACCCAACGUACGGUCGAUUGUUUGUUUUAACAUAGCUUGUGCAUGACAGUUUGUAUGAGUGUACUACGAUCCACACACGCGAUCGAAUUUCGCAGAAAAUGUAUUGUGAUCAUAAGCUGAUAAGUUUCGGAGGUGGUAAAAGCAUAAAGCAGCCGCUAUAAUUAAGAAAUUUAAUUUGAUUUCCUGA